AUGAAACGCGAUGAGUCCUUAAAGACCAUUCACCAGAGCCGCCGGUACAGCGCCGGGGGCACCAGCCAAAGCAUCGGCAUCGGAUGGCGGCAGAACUCCAUUACUAUCAGCACCCUCGCUCAGCAAUCAGCGUACUUGGCUGAGAAGGCUUUCAGGGAUAAAGAAGAAUUUGCAUUAAAAUGGGAGCUGGCACUGUUGGCCCUAGGCGUUUUCAUGGCCAGUCUCAAUGGCCUGUUUGUGCCCAUCGGGGUGAUGGUGUACGGAGAGUUCACGUCGCUCCUCAUAGACCGCACCGUGAUGAUCGGCACUUCGACACCCUGUUUAAUUCUUGACAUGUUCGGAGGUGGGAAGAAAUUGACAAAUGCGACAAAACAAGAGAACAAGGAUGCAUUGAUAGAAGAUUCGGUGGCUUUCGGCAUCGGAUGUGCCGCCACCUCGCUUAUGCAGUUCAUAGUGGCUGCAAUCAGCGUCGACCUCUUCAACUAUGUGGCUCAUAGGCAGGUGGAGAGAUUAAAGAGUAAAUUUCUGGAGGCGGUGCUGCGUCAAGAUAUCUCGUGGUAUGACCUCAACACCACGAUGAACUUUGCCACAAAAGUUGCAGAUGACGUGGAAAAGUUCCGAGAAGGCAUUGCAGAGAAAAUACCCAUGCUGGUCUAUCUGCUAAUGUCUUUCGUGACCGCUAUUGUCAUUUCCAUGAUUUACGGCUGGGUCCUGACGCUCGUCAUCCUGUCUUGCACACCAGUCAUCAUUCUGACUACAGCCAUCGUAGCCAUGGUACAAUCCUCAUUGACGUCGAAGGAGUUAUCGGCGUACAGCAUCGCCGGCGUAAUUGCUGAGGAAGUGCUGUCUUCCAUCAGAACAGUUGUGGCUUUUGGCGGCGAGGAGAAAGAAGUCAAAAGGUAUUCCGUCCGCCUUGAUCCCGCUAAAAAGACGGGAAUCAAGAAGGGGAUCUAUUCAGGUAUCGGAAGCGGAAUGAUGUGGCUAAUUAUAUACGCGACCUAUGCCUUGGCCUUCUGGUACGGAAUGGAGCUGAUCAUACAAAGCAGGAAACAAGAAGUGCCCGAGUACACCCCUGCUGUGCUGAUGAUUGUAUUCUUCAGCAUCCUCACAGGCGCACAGAACGUGGGUCUCACCUCGCCCCACAUGGAGGCCAUCAACAGCGCGCGUGCGUCAGGAGGCGCCAUAUACGCUGUUCUGGACAGAAAGCCGACUAUAGAUGCCUUGUCUUUGGAGGGAGAUAAGCCGCUCUUGACGGGAGAGUUGGAACUGAGAGAUGUGUUCUUCAGAUACCCGGCUAGAGCUGACGUACAGGUACUUAACGGCAUAAACCUGAAAAUCAACGCAAACGAAACGGUUGCCCUUGUGGGGCAGAGUGGAUGCGGAAAAUCGACCGUGCUUCAGCUUCUGCAGCGAAUGUACGACCCUGACUCUGGCAGCGUUUCGGCCAACGGGAACGACCUGAGAAACCUCAACGUGCGACAUUUGAGAAAUCAUAUUGCGGUCGUGGGGCAGGAGCCGGUACUGUUUGCUGGCACUAUAAAGGAGAACAUCAGAAUGAGCAACCCAUCGUGCACCGACGACGAGAUUAUAGUGGCUGCCAAGCAAGCCUACUGCCAUAGUUUCAUAAAGAAAUUACCGAAUGCAUACGACACUAUGUUAGGCGAGCGCGGGGCGCAACUGUCAGGGGGGCAGAAACAACGUAUCGCCAUCGCUCGGGCGCUGGUCCGGAGGCCUAAGAUCCUGAUCUUGGACGAGGCUACCUCAGCCCUGGAUUCCCACAGCGAGGCCAAGGUCCAGCGGGCCCUGGACGCGGCGGCCCAUGGACGAACCACCGUCAUGGUGAGCCACAGAUUAGCAACAGUGUUGAACGCGAACCGCAUAGUGGUAAUCGACAAGGGGGAGGUAAAAGAAGAAGGUACACACGAGGAACUCCUAGCAAAGAAGGGGAUGUACUACAACCUGGUGCUGGAGAAUGACCCUGCGCUUGCGCCGCAACCGGCCACGGCUAGCGAUACACAAUUGGGGAAACCACACGCAAAAUUCCAACGUCGGAAGCUACAAAAGCUGUCCUCUGUCGACUCACUUAAGAGCACCACCUCCGAAGACAGUUCUGGUUCUGAAGAGAGCAUACCUGUCGAGAAGAUUCAGGAGGAGGUUAGCCCGAGCACGUGGGAGAUCAUGAAGCUGUGCGCCCCGGAGAAAUACUGGAUGUUAGGCGGAGUGGUCGCCGCUGUUGUGGUCGGCGCUUCGUUCCCUAUGUUCGCUGUGCUGUUUGGUGAGACUUAUGGGUUACUGGCAAGCCAAGACGCCGACUGGGUGCGCAGCCAGGUAAACGUGAUCGCGAUAUACUUCCUGCUGGUCGGCGUCUGCACUGGCACCGCGAUAUUCCUGCAGAUUUUCAUCUUCAAUUUGACUGGGGUCAGGUUAACAGCACGAUUGAGAGUGGCUGCCUUCGCCACCAUGUUGAAACAAGAGAUCGGUUGGUUCGACCGGGCUGAGAACGGGAUUGGAGCGCUGUGCUCAAGGUUGGCGGCUGAUGCUGCUGCAGUCCAGGGCGCGACUGGCACCAGGAUCGGAGCACUUAUGCAAGCCGGCGCCACCAUAGUCAUCGGCAUCUCCCUCUCCUUGUACUGGACAUGGCAAAUGACUCUCAUUUCCCUCAUCUCUGUGCCGAUGGUGAUAGGAGCCGUGGUGCUGGAAGGCAGAGUGCUGUCAGCCGGCUUAGCACAAGUCAGAGAAGCUUCGGAUAGGGCCACAACGAUAGCAACGGAAGCUAUCACGAAUAUUAGGACUGUUAACGCCUUUUGUGGCGAACAGGGCGUGCUCGCGCGUUUCACCAAAGCCAGCAUACAGGCCCGUAACACAGCGAUCAAGAGUAUGCGCUGGCGCGGCUGUGUGUUCGCGUUCGGUCAGACAGCCCCUGUCGCGGGUUACGCGUUGUCAUUAUACUAUGGAGGGACUCUUGUCGCCAACGAAAAGGUGUCCUACGUUGAAGUCAUAAAGGUAUCAGAAGCGCUGGUGUUUGGUGCUUGGAUGAUGGGUCAAGCAUUAGCGUUCGCGCCCAAUUUUGGAGCGGCAAUUAACGCGGCCGGUCGAGUCAUGACCUUGUUACAACGACAACCCCUCGUGGAGAGCACACAUGCGCCGGCUGUCAACGAAAAUUAUAUCGCCCAAGGGAAGAUCCAGUACAAGAGCAUUAAGUUCCGGUACCCCACCCGACGAGAGGUGGAGGUUCUCCGGGGCCUGUCCCUGGCGAUCCCGAGCGGGAAGCGAGUGGCGCUGGUCGGGCCCAGCGGCUGUGGGAAAUCCACGCUCAUACAGCUGCUACAACGGCUUUAUGACCCUGACGACGGCAAUGUGUACCUAGACGACUACAGCAUCACGGCCGACAUGCGACUGACGACGCUGCGCCGCAACCUCGGCAUCGUGUCGCAGGAGCCGGUGCUGUUCGACCGCACGAUAGCCGAGAACAUCGCAUACGGCGACAACACCCGCGUCGUCACCAUAGAGGAGAUAGUCAACGCAGCUAAAGCGGCGAAUGUGCAUAGCUUUAUAUCGGCGUUGCCUUCUGCCUACGAAACGCGGGUAGGAGCUCGAGCGUCCCAACUCUCCGGCGGUCAGAAACAGCGCAUUGCCAUUGCGCGUGCGCUCGUGCGGAACCCCCGCGUGCUGCUGCUGGACGAAGCUACUUCUGCGCUUGACACCCACAGCGAGAAGGUGGUUCAAGAAGCUCUAGACCGCGCCAGCGAAGGCCGGACCUGUCUGAUCAUCGCUCACCGCCUGGCGACCAUCCGGAACGCGGACAUUAUCUGCGUGCUUGACAACGGCGUCGUCGCCGAAAUGGGGAACCACGCCGAACUCAUCAAGAGAAAGGGAAUCUACGCGAGGCUCUACGAAUUGCAGUGCGGUUUCGUUGAGGAGGAAGGGGAAAGCACUGAGGUCCUCGAAGGAAAGAAACCUUCCAAGUCCGACCGACCGGGCGGAUCGCGACCUGCGACCCCACCGCCGCCUUCGGGCCAGCAAACAUCACCCACAUUAUCCUCAUCAGAUACAAGCCAACGUCCCCCCAGGUCUCCAGCAUCACGGCGCCCACCCACUGACCAGCCUCCUAAUAAUCCCUGAAUUUGGGAAUUCCAUUCCUCUCUUGUCUUUGCGUGUUGCAACUUCCGCCACUUUGCUUUGAGUCCCAAAAUACGCGUGGAUCCCCAUUCCUAUCCUUGUCAAUUAGGGACUUUCAAUAUGAUGGCUGCGCUCUAUACAAGGGUGAUUCAACAUCAAUUCCUUCGGAAAUUGUAGAGUGCCAACAUCGCUAAAAGCGACCAACGCGUUCGCCUGUAAAAACGGCGGUGUGCAAAUCUAAAUUAAUCCCGUGAAAUGUUUCCCUUGACGAUCAUCAAUGGUUCCUGGAUAAUUUGAAAUGAGAUUUUUUCUGAGAAAUGCGUCGUGUAAAUACCAAAGUCAUUAUAAUAUCUAGUCAAAUAAUCAAAAAAUAUAUUACCAACUAGCAAUAAAAUAAUUAGUUAAAAUAAGUCCUUUUCAAACCUGCUUUUUAGGACUGUUUCAAAAUCAUUCCUCAGCCAAUUGUUAAAUAAAUUUUGUCCUGAUCUCAACAGUAGGUAUUUAGCCUAGACCUUAGAUAUCAAACAUUCCCCUAAUCCAUACCCCAACAUUCCCUUGGAAAGACAAUGUAUCCCAUAGAUUUCUACAUUGUUAUCUCUACUCUACUCGAUUGCGUUUAAAGUUUGCGUGAAUGUGAGUCAAUAGGCUGAUUUUAUACCAUUUCAGAAUUGGCUAAUUAGUGCCUUCAUCUAUGCCUAAUCAUUGUGCCUGCAAUAUGUAAUAAUGAUUUAACAUUAGGCUUAGCUAACACUUGAGAAAUUUUUCACUAUUAACGCAUUAAUGAUUUUUAGUUUUCCGAUUCAAGUACCAUGUGUUAGCCUUGCCUGGUACCUAUGGCUUCAGUAUUUCUAAAAGCAUCUUUUUAGCAUUUCUAGAUUAGGAGUAAAUAGUGAAAAUACGUAUCACGUAUACUAACAUUAUUGUAUUGUGUCGUUAUCAAAUUACGCGAAGUUAAUUGUGCUCAAAUGUUAAAAUUAAAAUAUUUUUAUAUUGUUAUUGUA